AUGCUAGCGGUGGGGCCGAUGGAGGCUAACCGGCAGGGCGCCUUCGUGCUGAGCACUACGCCGCUGGCCGCGCUGCACAACAUGGCCGAGAUGAAGACCUCGCUCUUCCCCUACGCCCUGCAGAGCCCCGCCGGCUUCAAGGCGCCCGCCCUGGGCGGCCUCAACGCGCAGAUCCCGCUGGGGACGCCGCACGGCAUCAGCGACAUCCUGGGCAGACCCGUCGCCGCCGCCGCCGCCGGGAACCUGCUCUCCGGCCUGCCCCGCCUGAACGGACUGGCCGCCGCGGGGAUGUACUUCAACCCGGCCGCCGUCUCCAGAUACCCCAAGCCCUUGGCCGAGCUGCCCGGGAGGCCCCCCAUUUUCUGGCCCGGAGUCAUGCAGGGGUCGCCCUGGAGGGACCCCCGGCUCGUCUGCCCCGCCCAGGCCGGGAUGGUCCUGGACAAGGACGGCAAGAAGAAGCACUCGCGGCCCACCUUCUCCGGCCAGCAGAUAUUCGCGCUGGAGAAGACCUUCGAGCAGACCAAGUACCUGGCCGGCCCGGAGAGAGCCCGCCUCGCCUACUCGCUGGGGAUGACGGAGAGCCAAGUCAAGGUCUGGUUCCAGAACCGGCGGACCAAAUGGCGGAAGCGGCACGCGGCCGAGAUGGCCUCGGCCAAGAAGAAGCACGACUCGGAGACGGAGAAGCUGAAGGGGAGCUCGGAGAACGAGGACGAGGACGACGACGACGAGUACAACAGGCCGCUGGACCCCAACUCCGACGACGAGAAGAUCACGCGGCUCCUCAAGAAGCACAAGGCGGCCGCCGCCGCCGCCCCGCUGGCCCUGCUCAGCCCCUGCAGCGACGCCCCGGAGCCCUCGUGA